UCAAGGCCAGCUCAAGCAUUAGUCUAGUAGAUUCUCUCGAAAGAGGAAGGUCUUUAGUUGUUUUUUGAAGGCUGCAAGAGAUGUGCUUAGUCUUGCUGCCUCUGGGAGACCGUUCCACCACUUGGGUACCACAACGGAGAACAAUCUUGACUGGGAGUACCUAGAGCGACUGGAUGGCAGAGCCAGACGGCUUGUGCUGGAUGAGCGCAGUUCUCUUCCAGUAACAUAAGGCGUUAGUAGGUCCUUCAGAUAAGCUGGGGCCGUUCCUGUGAUGGUUUUGUAGGCAAAGGUCAAUGCCUUGUGCUUGAUCCGGGCGGCGAUAGGUAACCAGUGCAACUCAAUAAAUAGAGGAGUAACAUGGGUCCUUUUGGGUUGAUUGAAUAUCAACCCUGCCGCCGCAUUCUGGAUCAUCUGCAGAGGUUUUAGCGCACAAGCAGGUAGACCUGUCAUGAGCGAGUUGCAGUAGUCAACGCGGGACAGGACCGUGGCCUGGACCAGUCGUUGUGUAGAAUAUUGUGUCAGCACAGGUCUGAUAUUCCGUACGUUGGACAUCUGGAAUCGACAGGUCCGGGUGACUGAGUUGAUGUAAGCUUAGUUGGAUCAGUUGGACAGCUCAUCAUCAAUCAUGACGCCAAGGUUUUUAAAGAACAAGGGAAGAUGCAGUGAGAAAUGAGCUAUUAAUCAUUUUGAGUAGAGAAGGUGACAGACAGCUAAAAAUGUUUUUCAAUAAAAAAGUGGGGAUAGGGUCAAGGCUGCAGUUUGACUGUUUGCUACACUUUACUAGUUUUAGUAGGUCGUCCUCUGUGAUUGGGGUAAAAGAUUUAAAGCUGAGGGGCCUUCGGGGAGGGUCUGGUCAGCUUAAGAUGACGAUGGAGGCCGGGUCCGAGGCCCUAAUCCCCUCCCGGAUGUUGGUUAUCUUACUUAUGAAAAACAAUGCAAAUUCUUCACAUUUUUCUGUUGAUGCUGGAAGGUCGUUUUCUGAUGGAGGUUUUAGGAGAUGGUCAAUGGUGGAAAAAAGAACUCAUUUUUAUCUUCUGUUAUGAUUUGUGUGAAGUCGGCUUUCCGUUUCAGGCGCACUGCGUUAUUGUAAGUGGAGAUUUUUUCCCUAAGGGAAAUUCUGUGAACUUCUAGACCAGUUUUCCUCUAAAGUCGCUCGGUUACGCUGCAUUUCCUAUUUAGGGCUCUGAGUGAGUCAUUCAUCCAGGGUGAGAAUUUUGCUCUGGUCCUUGUUCUGGGUUUUAUUGGUGCUACUUUGUCAAUAAUUAAACAAUAUGUGGACAGGCUUGGCAUGUACUAACACAAAGCUAGGGAAAGAAGGAAAGGGUUAUCUGGAUACGGAGGAGCUAGAUCUUAAAGUGAGAAAAAAGAAAGAGAAAGACUGAGAUCAGGGGACCUGCCAGAGGUGCGGCUUGUCAGGAUGUCCAUCCUGCAGGAGGUUAGUCCAAGGUUGUGGAGUAUCAGGAGUUCGGAGCAAGUGGCUCUGACCAAUAGAGCAGCACAGAUCACAGUGGAACUUCAGCAGGGAGUGAAAAAGCCAUACAAGGAUGUAAUCGAUGUUUCCUGGGGCGACCCACACAGAGGAGGGCUAAAGCCCCUGACAUUUGUCCGACAGGUCAUUGCCAGAUGUUUGUACCCCUCUUUGCUGACCAGUGAGUCACUGCCGGUUGAUGUGCAGCAGAGAGCCCAGAGCUUGCUGGGAGACUGUGGUGGUGGAAGUGUGGGUGCAUACACUGCCACGGCUGGAAUACCCAGAAUUGUUCGCAGCGUGUCUGAAUUCAUCACGAGAAGAGAUGGUGGUGUGGAGUCCUUGCCUGAGAACAUCUUUAUCAGCAAUGGAUCUCAGCGAUGCCUCAUGAUGGUGCUGAAGCUGUUUAUACAUACGGAGGGCCUUGUACAGACAGGUGUGUUAAUGCCGGUGCCUUCAUACCCCUACUUCAACAAUGCGGUGUCAAUGCUGGGAGGGGUCAUGGUGCCCUACUACCUGGAUGAAGAACACGGCUGGGACGUUAGGGUGGACGAGCUGCGCAGAGCCCUGCGUGGGGCCAGGGGGCACUGCAAUCCCAUGGUCCUUUAUGUUACUAAUCCAGGCAACCCCACAGGCCAUGUACAGAACAAGAAGUCUAUUGAGGACGUGAUUCAAUUUGCAGCUGAAGAAAAGCUUUUCCUUCUGGCUGAUGAGGUGUAUCAGGAUAGUGUGCAUGAUCCAAACAGUGAGUUUGUGGCCUAUAAGAAGGUGUUAUCUGAGAUGGGUCCACCAUACUCCAACUCUGUGGAGCUGGCCUCUUUCCAUUCUGCCUCCAAAGGAUACCUUGGCGAGUCUGGUUUCCGGGGCGGCUAUGUGGAAUUUGUGAACCUGGACCCCACAGUCAUGGGAUAUGUGUACACGUUGUUUUCCGCGGACUCCACCUCAUCUGUCCUGGGCCAGCUCGCUCUGGACCUUUUAGCCCACCCUCCUAGGCCCGGUGAUCCAUCCUACCCAACAUAUGCAGCCGAAAUCAGAGAUCUGAAGGACACAAUGGGCCGUAAUGUGCAACUUAUCCAUGAGGUUAUUGGUUCUCUAUCUGGGAUGAGCUGCCAGCCAAUCAAGGGUGGCAUAUUUGCUUUCCCCCGCCUCCAUCUCCCACCAUCUGCAGUGCAACAAGCCCAGGAGGAGGGUGUGAAUCCCGAUAUGUGGUAUUCCAGUCGCCUACUAGAGGAAGCAGGGCUGUGUGUGGGACCUGGCUGUGAACAUGGGCAGAGAGAAGGCACGCAUCACAUCAGAUUGUGCAUUGCAACCUCUCAGGAGAACCUGGAGGAGGUACUGACCAGGCUGUCUGAUUUCCAACGGAGUUUCAUGAGACGGUUCUCUUCCUCCUGACCUGCGUAAAAGAUAUCUUAUUCCUGGCCCUGCCAUCCCUGUCUCAAGCUCAUGCAGGAUGUCGUCAUACUCUGUUGGAAGGAUUGCACUUGUGAAUAGGAGUAUCAUGGGAUAGUUUCCUCAGUAAUAUCGAUACAUAUUUUGUAAGGUUUAACAUGUUUAAUCUGAUUUACAGUUGACUUAUGAACACCAACAACUGAAGUACAAAGAAAGAUUUUUAAUGACAUUUUUUUUAUUUCACACCAAUCAUGUUAGUGUUUUAGACAUUUUUCUUGAUUGAAAUAAAUAAUUAAAUCAAAUAUCAGUGCCAGAUAAUGAUUCAUGCAACGCCACUAUGGCAGAGACCAAAACAUUUUACACAUUUUUGACUUCACUCUUCUAAUAGAAGUUUUACCCAUACCACUUAACAUUUGUAAAGUAUUUCAUAAACUGUGAAGCAAGAUGCACCAGUUCUGAAACAGAACACUUCAUGAAAAUCCUGUCAAAUGAUAUACCAUCAUGAAAAUCCUGUAAAAUGAUAUACCAUCAAAACAAAAGAAACCAUCAUUUUUCCUACAUCAUGGCAUAACACAAGGCAGGAAAUUACCUGUGAUAAAAAUCAUGCAUAACAUAGUUUAUAUGACUUUAACUUUAUGUUUAAGACAUUUCAUUUCUUCUUUGAUUUUAUCUCACAUGUUAACAUGUACAUGUUUUAAAUAAUGUAUUUCCAUUCUUUAUUCCAUGAAGAAAAUGGAAUAAAGAAACAAAAGAACCAUUUUUGAACCAAACUUAAUUCAUGCACUAACAUGUGACAACAUGUUAUGCUAUGCCAUCAUAUUUAGAGA